AUGUUGUUCCAAAAAAUCAAUGAAGGGGAACCACCAGCACAAUGGCAGGUAUCAUUACCACAAAAACUAGUACUUGCAUUAGAAACCAUAGAGGGUACCAGUACGGUAGACCAAAUAGUGGUAGGGGAGGCCGGAAAAGACACAAUGGUCGAGCAAGGAAUUGGUAUGGCAUAUCCAGGUUCUGGUAUGAAAGACAUUUGUACGGUACUAGUAGGUACUAGUACAACAUCAACAUGUACUGGUACAGUGUUAGUAGGUACUGGUACGGUUCCAACAAGUACUGGCACAACUUCAGCAUGUACUGGUAUGACUCCAACAGGUACUGGUACUACUCCAACAGGUACUGGUACAACAUCAAUAGGUAUUGGUACGUCUCGAAUAGGUACUGAUAUGGUUCCAAUGGGUAUUGGUAUGGUACCAGUAGGAACUGGGACAACAAUAACUGGUACGGUACUAGCAAUUACUAGUGUGGCUCCAACAGGUACAGGUGCCAAUACGGUACCAAUGGAGAAAGAUGAGGUAGGGGAUGUGAGGUGCCAGUACGAUACCUCACAGAUGGAGCAAAAAGAUAAGAAACUGUUGGAAGCUACCCACAUGGUAAAGAAGGCACAGGAACGGCAACUGUUGGCAGAAAAGAACCUAAGACUUCACACCGAACAACAACUUUCUUCUCCGACCACUACAGGGAUGCCUCCUCCCUCUUCUCGGUCCUAG